CUCGUCUUUCCAGGCAUACCAUCGGGUCUCACCGAUGACCUGACCGCCGCAGAGCCAACAUGGCCAAGAAGCAACUUACCGAGGCAGAAUGGGAGCGGAAACUCAACGAAGUCGCAGUCAACAAGGAUGAUCUCAAUCGCUUGGUGAUGGACUACCUGGUCAUCGAGGGCUACAAAGAUGCGGCUCAGAGGUUUUCCGUCGAGGCCGGUCUGUCCCCUCAAGUGGAUCUGGACAGUAUCCAGAAUCGCAUGACGAUUCGAUCUGCGAUACAGAGAGGCGACGUCGAGGACGCCAUUGGCAGGGUCAAUGAACUCGAUCCCGAGAUUCUCGACACAAACCCACUGCUCUUCUUUCACCUCCAGCAACAGCGGCUCAUUGAGCUCAUCCGCUCUGGGAACAUCCUUUCUGCCUUGCAAUUCGCAACAGAAGAGCUGGCUCCGCGUGGAGAGGAGUUCCCUGAGCUGUUGCCGGAACUGGAGAAGACAAUGGCUCUACUAGCCUUCGAUCUUCCCUUGGGGAGCGGAUCUGCACCAGGUGCCUCUACAGCUCUCGAGCCGCCGCCUCAUAUCGCUGAGCUCCUCUCCGUGUCGCAGAAGCUCAAGACUGCCGGAGAGCUCAAUGCCGCUAUUCUGGCCAGCCAGUCGCAGAGUGCUGACCCGAAGCUACCUCAGAUGCUACGACUGAUGAGCUAUGGCGAAGACUUGCUGGGCAACACUGGUCCGGGAAAGACACACUUUCCAAAGCUAUCUCUGCUGCAAGUCUUGCGCGGUAGCAAUGGCGACGUUGGCGAUGAGAAUGGAGAUGUGAAAGGUCGAAUUCCUGAAGUCCUCGUCCAGGAGGAGUAAAUGGGGUCCGUGCGGUAUACCCGUUCGCGACGUCGGCAGAUGAUCACAUCGAGCCUGGAAUGGUUCGAGAUCCAUCGGCAUCGCUGAACCAACCUCAACUUUCCUCUGUGUCUUGACUCUGCACCCACAAACUUCGCCUGACCUUUUCCGUCCCGCCUCAAGCGAACCAUUUCAUGUAUUCUUACAAUUUGCCCUUGGUGACAACGGGGAUACUUUGCUGCGUCGGCAUCAUGGGCACUGUACUUGUAUCACACAUUCCAAUCAACUCUCGAUUCAACGACCUU